AUGAGUCAGAAACGGUCUAAGCAAAGGAAAGAUGAUCAUGGGGAUCAGCAGUAUGUUGUGGAAAAAAUUAUAGACAAACGAGUUCGAAAUGGAGUUAUUGAGUAUUAUUUGAGUUGGAAAGGGUUUCCAUCAUCGGAGAAUACUUGGGAACCAGAAGAAAAUCUUGAUUGUCCAGAUUUAAUCCAGGCAUUUGAAAUUCAAGAGAAGCGGGCGAAAGAACAGAAACGAACGAAAGAUCUGGAAAAAGUGGGGCGAAGCUUGUUUGAUCGAGGUUUGGAGCCAGAACGAAUUGUUGGUGCUACAAAUAGCGGUGGAGAAUUGGAAUUGCUGAUAAAAUGGAAAGGAAGUGAAAUGGCUGACUUAGUUCCUGCAAAAAUUGCGAAUGAAAGAUGCCCACAACUGGUUAUCAAAUUUUACGAAGAACACAUUCAGUGGAACGGUUGUGCAGAUGUAUAA